AUGGCCAAUCCGCUCAUUAGUAAUCAAGCCUUCUUGGAGCAGAAUGGGCCAGGAGACGCUCGUCCUACAGCUCUUGACAUUCUCAGAGACAACGACCGGAUCGGUACCAUGAAGGACAAGGUCUUUCUUCUCACCGGAUCCUCUGGAGGAAUUGGCAUUGAAACUGGUCGUGCCCUCGCCGCAACUGGUGGUAAAGUGUAUUUGGGCGUUCGUGACUUGGAGAAGGGAAAGGAAGCUCUGAAAGAGAUCCUCGAACCCGAUCGUGUGGAGCUUCUUGAGCUGGACACUGGCUCAGUGGAAAGCGUCCGCACUGCGGCCAAGGCCUUUUUGUCCAAGUCGACCCAGCUUAAUGUCCUGGUCAAUAAUGCAGGCAUCAUGGCAUGCCCAGAGGCUAAGACAGCGGAUGGCUUCGAGUCGCAGCUUGUAAUCAACUAUCUCGGCCAUUUCCUUCUUUACAAGCUACUCGAGCAGACGCUAUUGUCCAGCUCCACGCCCGAGUUCGCAUCCCGCGUCGUCAACGUGGCUUCCGCUGGCCAUCACAUGGGUUCCGUCGUCCUCGACAACAUUAACCUUGAUGGUGAGUACGAGGCGUGGAAGGCAUACGGCAAUGCCAAAACGGCUUGUAUUUGGAUGACGAACGAGAUUGAGCGCCGAUACGGUUCCAAGGGUCUGCACGGCCUCUCGUUGAUGCCAGGCGGCGUUGCCACAGGCCUGCAGCGCCACGUCGACCCGGAAACGUUGAAGCAGUGGGGUUCGAGUGAGCCCGCGCAAAAGUAUGUCAAGAGCCCAGCAUAG